GAAAGCAAUUUUGAGAAUACAGAUAAAGUAGCAAAAAAAAAAAAAAACAGAUACAUACAUCCACAUACAGCAAAGGCUAUGGAGAUGGUGUCCAUGUCUUCCUGUUUGCUAUCCAUCAAUGGAAACUUCCUUCUUUCUUCUCAAUACCCGUCUCGCCCGCCCACACUUGUCAAAUGGGGAUUUAGGAUGGAUCAGGAUGGAAGCUCAGUUACGAAGCGAAUCAAGAGCCAAGCAUUUCGAAUCUUGGCAAAUCCUAAUGUGUCAGGGAAGAGCAGCCCAAUGAAGGAGGUCAUCAUGGUUGAUCCUCUGGAAGCCAAACGAUUAGCAGCCAAACAAAUGAAAGAAAUUCAAAAAAGAGAGAGAUUCAAGAGACGGCGCCAAAUUGAAGCAAUUAACGGAGCAUGGGCAAUGAUUGGCCUCACGGCAGGCUUGGUCAUUGAAGGUCACACUGGUAAAAGCAUACUGGAACAGUUGGCUGGAUACUGGUUUGCCAUUGUCCAUUUUUUUGUGCGGUAACAUGAUCGAGGAACGGUGAAAACAUGGAGAUUCUUCACUUAAAUAUUCUUUCGAAUUUAACUUUGUAAAAUUGUAUGAAAAUUGUUGCUUCAAGUGACAAAUGCUGUACCAUUUACUUUUUUACGGCCUUCCUCAGUUUAAAAUGACCUGGUAAUGUGUGGCAACAUUCUUUUAUUUUCCUUCUUGAGGGGUCCUAUCCUGUAACCAAGUAAUCGAUUGGUUAUGACUGCAUCGUUGAUAAGCUUUUAAUCUUUUCUUGGAAAAAAAGCUGAUAUAACUUGUUGGAUUCAAA